AUGAAAGAACAGCUGAAACAGGUUGAAAGGCUUCUUAACGGUAUGGUCGCGAAGAUCAUAGACCAAGUAUCAUCAAAUCAAACUGAAGAGCGCAAAUUGUUGGAAACGAAGAUAGGAAAUCAGAUGCUGAAGUUAAAAGGAGAAAUAUGGUCUUCAAGAGAAAACCAAACCAAAGAGCUUGGACAGGAGUUACAACAGCAGACCCAAGAGUUAAAACGAGAAAUAAAGGAUUCAGAAGUAAACCAAACUAAAAAGUUUAAACAGGAGAUACAAAAUGAGACCAUGGGGUUAACACAUGAAAUAAAGGACUUUGAAAUUUGCGCUACGAAAGGAAACCAAACUGUUGAAGGUAGGGUAUAGGUUCAUUUCCAAAAAUAAAAGAGUUAACAUUGUAACCAAACUGGUUUUCCCUUUUCGGAAAACACCGUGGGGUCAAUCUUAUGCAAUAGCCAUUAACAAUGAAGACUGAAAGUUCAGUGCUAGAACAUCGCAAUGAAGUUCUGUGAAGGUGCGAGCAAGUGGCACUCUUUGUCCUCUUUAUGUGACCGAUUUGCUUGAAAAACCAAGGUGAACUCGUUACAUUUCAUCCGAAAGGGAAAGUAUGGCGAUAAUUCUACCAACUGAAGUCUUAACUUUGGGUAAACUGGGACCGACAAACGUCGUCUUACAUUUGCUAUUGUGGCACUCCUUUUUUGACACACGCCAAGCAAACUGUUACGCGCAAAUGACCCUACAUAGCCGACAAGCAAGCUCUCCCUGGGCGCUCUGCGGGGGAGAGCUUGCUCGCAGGUUAGAACCUACACCGUUGCCCAACUAGCCCUACCACACUUACAAUGUUGGACACACGUACGCCAAUGCAUGUUGAGAAGUAUAGAGGAGCUUGCCCUAAAAUUAGGAAGCUUAAGCAACGACGACGGCGACGGCAACGAGAACGACAGAAAAGCAAUAGAUAAUAUAUAGAUUUGGCCAUAGCUAAAAGCGAAGCUCUCGUUAAUAUUAUACUUGGCUCAAACAAAGUAUAAAAUCGUGUAAUGCUAAGCGGCGAAGGCAACGAGAACGGUGGAAAAACAAGAAUAGAUCUAAUUAGCAAAAAUAACAACUUUGCAAGUGCAGCACACUUUUUGGUACAUUUUUUUGCCGUUCUUUUGCAAGACUACAACGUGAAACUUCCAGAAACUUCCUUCACACGUUUUAUGGAGGAAAUGUCGUACGUGUUCUUGUUCAAUUUUCUUUUUUCACUGCUGCUCAUUUUCACCUUGGUGGCCCGGCUAGCAUUUCUAAUUUUCUCACCACCGCUUCAAACUUUUCAUGUUGUUCUUCCAACAAAAUUUGCUCCCUUGUUUUUUAUCUCUCGCUCUAGCUCUCUGUCGCUCUUUUUCUCGUUGAGCUUUGCUGACCUUUCGCCUACUUUCUCUUUUUCCCUGUCUUCCUCUUUCCUCUAUAUUCAAAAUUUGUGGACAUGAUAAUUCGUCUAACAUGUCUAAGCUUAAUACUUAGGACAACACGGAUACAGAAACAAUUUCAAUUCCGUUUUCGUCUUUAUUGACUCUUUAUAAUAAUUGUCUCUGCUUCACAGUACACGAGUGGCUAUGUGAUUUCCCACCAAAAAAUCUCGAGUUGCAUUUGGGUUGCUAUAUCUGUUAAUUGAGUUCUUUUUUACUAGCCCCUGAUGAAGACUAGUUUUGUCUAGUCGAAAUAUUGGGCAAAUAAAUUUGUAAAUUACCAACCCUUAGCUGUCUGAUCAGUCGUGCCUUCAAUUUUAUGUGUUAUUUUACAUUGGUAUGCUUGUGGUAUGCCUGUGGUGCGGACGGGCCUACGGUCAAGUGACUACAAGUCACUAGCAAAAUUUCUCGGAUGCAUAGAUAACCAAAUUUUCUUACCCAUGGUCCUCCGCUUCACGCGCUUGACAGCUCUGCUAUCUGAACUGGCAAAACAACAAAUUUACACGUACAUCACGCUUUUUAGGUCAAACGGUCAAGACGCUAAUUCCCGCCAUCUUCUGGCACCUGCUUUAUAAUUGAUUGGAUAACAGCAAUGUCUCGUGGUAUUUCAGGGGACAAACAAGUGAUAAAAUGUACAGAAAUUUAGUAAUGUACAGUUCGAGUUUCGACAAGUUUUACGUACGUCAUUAUUGCUUGCUGUUACACGAAGGUCGCUACGUAAACUGCUUACAAAAAAGUAGUAAUGAUCACUUUCAUCCAUAAUUUGCCAUUUUUAUGGAGCCUAGUAGGGGCCAUGCAAAUUUUGUGCGCGAUUUUGUCUUUCUGGACUUUUUCUCGCCUUUAGGUUUUCACCCCGACUUUUUUCUCACUAUUUUCCCGACUUUUUUCUCGACUUUUUUUUUUCAGCUCGUUUCACCGCUGAUCACAUACACUAAAGGCUCUUUUUUGCUUAGACAUCUGAGACACUGCCACGUUUCAUUCUUGGCAUUGUUUUUUAUUACUAAAAAUGUAAUGUUGUGCAGUUUGACCUCCCUUCCUUCCUAUUUUACAACAAGGCAAUGUUGAGCCAGGAAAUGUUAUUGAGAGUUACUACCAUUUGGGAAUGAAUUUUAACAAAGAGAUCUUGCUGCUUGUCGGGGUUAACCCAAGAUUUUUACAUAAAGCAUAUGAAAUUUGAAGAGUAUUCUUAUUUUUCGUGGUCUUAGGGGGCGAGGAAACCGUAGUGACCCUCAAGAGGUUGUUGUCGAUGCAUAGAGAUAGCACUGCGUGUGGUAGUACAAGUCAGGGUUGGGGGGAGGGAGGGGAUCCGAACCCGUAAGAGCCGUAAGGGUCUGCAUCCAUAGUGGGGAGAAAGUAGGGGGGCAUAAUACCUAGGUAAAACGACCUUUAGAUUUUCGCUUUUAAUCCUGUUUAAAAUUACCCAUGAUUCUCCAAAAGAUUUGUUUUGUCAGGCUCGGAGAUGAAGUGUUAUUAUUUUAUGAUGCCAAGAGAAAACUGCUCAUUGCCAUCACAAAACGGUACCAGUGAUUUAUAGGUCGAACAAAAGACGAAAGCAUAAAUGAGGAUUAUCAGAGAUAAAAAGGGCAAGAAUGUCAAGUGUGAAAAGAAACGAAUUUUUAAUUUGGAAACUAGAACAGAAGUGUGUUUGAGCUAAUAUGUUUAGGGUGUUUGGGUUUGAGUUUAUGAAGCGGUAGCAGAUUAAGCGGCCGCGGUGCAUCGGGUAGAUGAAGUUACAAGCUAAUUACCACCGUGCACACUUUGUUUAAUUAUUUCAUCCUGAACAUUUUGAGACUGAAACAGUUUUCAUUUUUCUUAUCUGACAUUCACAAGACAUUGCUUUGUUGUAAGAUAGGAAGGUAUGGAGGUAAAACUGCACGACAUUACGUUUUCAGCGAUAAAUAAAAUAGCUCAGUAAAAAGCCAGGAAUGAAACGUGGCCAGUGUAAGCAUUUCGAAGUAUGAAUGAGCCUUUGAUGUAUGUGAUACGCGGUGAAAGGAGUUGAAAAAAAGUCGAGAAAAAGUCGAGAAAAAAGUCGAGAAAAAGGUUGAGAAAAAAGUCGGGGGAAAAGUCGGGAAAAAUGUCGAGGAAAAAGUAGCCUGCGUAGCAGGCGCUUGGAAGUGGUGGGCGAAAGAGAGAACAGGCGCGCGCGAGGAAGUGUCUCCUUCUUGCGCGCCCGUUUUUUCUUGCGCCCACAAGUUCCAAGCGCUUGCUACGCAGGCUAAGAAAAAAUUCGAGAGAAAGGUGGAGAAAAAAGUGGGGAAAGAAGUCGAGAAAAAAGUCGGGAAAAAAGUCGAGAAAAAAGUCUGGGGAAAAGUCGGGAAAACAGUCGGAGGAAAAAGGUCAGGAAAAAAGUCCGAGAAAAAAGUCGAGAAAGGAAAAAUCGAACACAAAAUUUGCAUGGUACUUCAGUACUCGGCUCCGUACCAUUCAAGAUAAAAAGUUCUUCAUUUUUUUGUUGUCCAGAAUAAACAAACUUUGCCGCGAUUUAGUUUUUUCCCCCUAGGAAAAAAACGUGACAUGGCUUUUAAUCCAAAAAGUCACCUUAAGGGCGUGCAAAGAUAGUGGGUAUCGUAAAUAAGGUCUACGAUUGGUCCUUAGGAGUGCAAUUGAAUUUAAGGAGGAACUUCCGCUUGUGCCUACAAGUUGAAAUAAGUUCGUUACGCUUGUUAAGUGUUGCCAUGUCCCGUUUAAAUAGAAUACAGAAUUUCUCGGUACUACACAGGUUACGUAUAUAACAAAUCAUACGUAUCUUCUACGCAGUAGCGCUCAGCCCACCCAUUGCACCAAAGUUAUCCCCUUUGGAGUUGCUACCAGGAUACGCAGAAAUAGUUCCACUGAACAGAAAUUUGAGCAAAGAUGAAGUAUAUAAAAGGGAAAUAUCUACUCCAUCAGGUUAAAAAACAAUUUGACAAAGCUAUAAAGAGAUUCCAAGAAGGGACCUCCUCACAUCAAAAACACAGGAUCAUGUUUCCAUUCGUUACAGAUUUUAACCCACAUGUACCCAACAUCAACAAAACUAUUAGUAACUAUAGCCAUCCGGUAUCUACAGCUCACCCACAUUAUCACAGAUUUUCCCCAGGGUUCCAUUAUCCCAUCUUUUAG